AGGAAGUGGUACAUGUCAUAUGACCAAAACAAAAAUAGCCAUUCUUCUGGGGAUGAUAACUUGAGCGGUUUCAAAGUCUGUUUCUGUACUGUAGCCCUAUUACAAGGGAGGUGAGAAGAGAUCGUGUGGAGAGUGUGUUGGGGGGAUGGAGGAGUUUCCAGUGAGGACGGUGGAGGGGCUGUGUCUAGGCACCAGCUUGGCCAUAUCAGGCCUCUUCUUCUACAUCUACAGGAAAAAGAGGAAAUCGGUGGACAAGCUCAAUGAGGCACCCCACAUUCAUUUGGAUGGGAAACUGGCAGACCUUUUGAAUGUGACACCGGGAAAGUGUCUGCAGUAUGUUGUCAUCGAAGGAGCAGUGCAGCCUGUGGGGGAGCCUCUAAGGAGUCAGUACCAGGAAGGCAGCGUAGGGGUAGUGCAGAAACUCAUGCUGAGGGAACACAAGCUGGUGUGGAACAGCCUGGCCCACACCUGGAUGGACAGUGAGUGCGUGCUGCACCAGAGGGUGAAUACUGUGCCCUUCAGCCUGCUGGGGUCGGACCAGGCCAAUGUGAGGGUGCUGUGUCCCCUGGAGGCCUCAGAGCUGAAGAUGGAGAUCCUCCAUGAGAAGUUCCACCAGGCCACCUACGGUUUCACCGACAUCGUCGGACAGUACCUCAGUGGAGAGAAGCCCAAAGGCCAGCUGGAGACUGAGGAAAUGCUCAAGGUUGGCGCUACUCUUACAGGUGUAGGCGAGCUCAUCCUGGACACGGACCGGGUGCUGAAGCUCCGCCCGCCCACCGACGGCUCAGAGUACUUCCUAAGCACAGCAGACUUUGAGACCCUGCGGCUGGAGCAGGAAGACCAGGCGGUGGUCUGGCGGGUCCUGGCCUCUGUGUUCGCCCUGGCCGGGGCCGCCGUCCUCCUCUGGGUGGGCUGCCGCUACUACCGCAGCCUGAGGGUCUGCUGGGAACAGGAACGUCUGAAGAGGGAGUUUGAGACACUGGGCGCCGGGGGGUCUGGGGCUCCACAACAGGGGUCUAGGGAGGAGGAGACGCCCCUGGAGAAUGACUGUGUGAUCUGCCUGACCCAGCUCCGUAGCUGUGUGCUACUGGACUGUGGGCACGUGUGCUGCUGCUACAGCUGCUACCAGGCCCUGCCUCAGCCCAUCUGCCCCAUAUGCCGGCAGGCCAUCAACAGAGUGGUGCCCCUCUACCAGGCAUGAAGCCCAGCCAGGGAGAACAAAUCAAAAUCAAAUGUUAUUUGUCUCAUACACAUGUUUAGCAGAUGUUAUUGCGGAUAUAGCGAAAUGCUUGUGUUCGUAGCUCCAACAGUGCAGCAAUAUCUAACAAUUCACAACAAUACACACAAAUCUAAAAGUAAAGAAUGGAAUUAAGGAAUAUAUAAAUAUUUGGAUGAGCAACGUCGGAGUUGCAUUGACUAAAAUACAGUAGAAUAGAAUACAGUUGAAGUCGGAAGUUUACAUACACCUUAGCCAAAUACAUUUAAGCUCGGUUUUUCACAAUUCAUGACAUUUAAUCCUAGUAGAAAUUCUCUGUUUUAGGGCUGUUAGGCUCACCACUUUAUUUUAAGAAUGUGAAGAAUUAUUUAUUUCAGCCUUUAUUUCUUUCAUCACAUUCCCAGUGGGUCAGAAGUUUACAUACACUCAAUUAGUAUUUGUUACCAUUGCCUUUAAAUUGUUUAACUUGGGUCAAAUGUUUCGGGUAGACUUUUACAAGCUUCCCACAAUAAGUUGGGUGAAUUGUGGCCCAUUCCUCCUGACAGAGCUGGUGUAACUGAGUCAGGUUUGGAGGCCUCCUUGCUUGCACAUGCUUUUUCAGUUCUGCCCACAAAUUUUCUAAGGGAUUGAGGGCUUUGUGAUGGCUACUCCAAUACCUUGACUUUGUUGUCCUUAUCCAUUUUGCCACAACUUUGGAAGAAUGCUUGGCGUAAUUGUCCAUUUGGAAGACCCAUUUGCGACCAAGCUUUACCUUCCUGACUGAUGUCUUGAGAUGUUGCUUCAAUAUAUCCACAUCAUUUUCCCUACUCAUGAUGCCAUCUAUUUUGUGAAGUGCACCAGUCCCUCCUGCAGCAAAGCACCCCCAUAACAUGAUGCUGCCACCCCCGUGCUUCACGGUUGGGAUGGUGUUCUUCGGCUUGCACGCCUCCCCCUUUUUCCUCUAAACAUAACGAUGGUCAUUAUGGCCAAACAGUUCUAUUUUUGUUUCAUCAGACCAGAGGACAUUUCUCCAAAAAGUAUGAUAUUUGUCCCCAUGUGCAGUUGCAAACCGUAGUCUGGCUUUUUUUAUGGCGGUUUUGGAGCAGAGGCUUCUUCCUUGCUGAGUGGCCUUUCGGGUUAUGUCGAUAUAGGACUUGUUUUAUUGUGGAUAUAGAUACUUUUGUACCUUUUUCCUCCAGCAUCUUCACAAGGGCCUUUGCUGUUGUUCUGGGAUUGAUUUUCACUUUUCGUACCAAAGUACGUUCAUCUCUAGGAGACAGAACGCGUCUCCUUCCUGAGCGGUAUGGCGGUUGCGUGGUCCCAUGGUGUUUAUACUUGCAUACUAUUGUUUGUACAGAUGAACGUGGUACCUUCAGGCGUUUGGAAAUUGCUCCCAAGGAUGAACCAGACUUGUGGAGGUCUACAAAAUAUUUUCUGAGGUCUUGUCUGAUUUCUUUAGAUUUUCCCAUGAUGUCAAGCAAAGAGGCACUGAGUUUGAAGGUAGGCCUUGAAAUACAUCCACAGGUACACCUCCAAUAGGCUAAUUGACAUAAUUUGAGUCAAUCAGAUGCUUUUAAAGCCAUGACAUAAUUUUCAGGAAUUUUCCAAGCUGUUUAAAGGCACAGUCAACUUAUGUAAACUUCUGACCCACUGGAAUUGUGAUACAGUGAAUUAUAAGUGAAAUAAUUUGUCUGUAAACAAUUGUUGGAAAAAUUACUUGUGUCAUCCUAACCAACUUGUCAAAACUAUAGUUUGUUAACAAGAAAUUUGUGGAGUGGUUGAAAAACAAGUUUGAAUUACUUUAAACUUCCGACUUCAAUUGUACAUAUGAGAUGAGUAAAGCUAUAUGUAACCAUUAUUGAAGUGACUAGUGUUCCAUUAUUAAAGUGGCCAGUGAUUUCA